UAAAUAACGAAAAAAGAAACUACAGAAUUUGUUAUCUAAAAGAAAAAUACAACCCACUUUACCGCAUAUUUAAUUAAAAUAAAUUUUAUUACUGCAAAGAAUUAGUAACCAGUUGCAAUUUGGACGACGACAAAGCGAGUUGAUUAGAAAACGUUGGAAGCGAGCAGCUAAAAACGAUUAGAGCAAAAGAAAAUUGAGAACAAUAAACUUUGAUUUUCGAUUGUUCGUGAGGUUCAAGAUAAAAAUUUUAAUAAACAACAAACUCCUUAAAAAUGGCUACUUUUCAAAUGGGUCCUCAAACUCAUGCCGUUCCAAUGGCAUUGUUUCGCAAAAAUCGUCAAAAGGUGUGUGCCGCUCUAAGAGAAAGUAGUGCAGUGGAAAAGGGAUCGUUUGUUUUAUUGGAGGGUGGCAAAGAUGUCAGUUUUAAUGACACCGAUACCAACUAUCAUUUCCGCCAAGAAUCCUAUUUCCAGUACUUAUUUGGCGUCAAGGAACCCGACUGUUUUGGUGUUUUGAAUGUUGAGAGUGGAGAAUCUGUAUUGUUUGUACCCCGUCUUCCCGAGGAUUAUGCCACCUGGAUGGGUCGUUUGUUGAGUUUAGAGGAAUUCAAGUGCAUGUAUGAAGUUGAUCGUGUUCUGUAUGUCGAUGAGCUGAAUUCAUUCUUUGAAAAAGCUGCUCCAAAAUUGAUUUUAACUUUGAGCGGUGUCAAUUCCGACAGUGGUCUCCGUUCUAAGCCUGCUUCUUUCGAGGGCAUAGAGAAAUUUGUUGUCAAUUGUGACAUUUUACAUCCCAUUGUUGCUGAAUGCCGUGUCAUCAAGUCAGCCGAGGAAAUCGAGGUGUUGCGUUAUGUAGCCAAGGUAUCUUCAGAUGCUCACAUUAAAGUCAUGCAAUUUAUGCGUCCCGGACGCAGUGAAUAUGAGGGUGAAUCUGUAUUUUUACAUCAUUCAUAUUCUGUUGGUGGUUGCCGUCACACCUCCUACACUUGCAUCUGUGGUAGUGGUGUUAAUUCUGCUGUUUUGCAUUAUGGCCAUGCUGCUGCUCCCAAUGACAAGGCUGUCAAGGAUGGCGAUAUGUGUCUCUUUGAUAUGGGUGCCAAUUAUUGUGGUUAUGCCGCCGACAUCACUUGCAGUUUUCCAGCCAAUGGUAAAUUUAACGAAGAUCAAAAAUUCAUUUACAAUUCCGUCUUGGCUGCCCGUAAUGCAGUGCUCAAGGAAGCCAAAGAUGGUGUUUCCUGGGUAGAUAUGCAUCGUUUGUCUUGCCGUGUAUUAUUGCAACAUCUUAAGGAGGGUGGCAUGUUGCAGGGAGAUGUUGAAGAAAUGCUGGCUGCCGGUUUGGCUGGCACUUUCCAACCUCAUGGCCUGGGCCAUUUGAUUGGUCUCGAUGUCCACGAUGUGGGCGGUUAUUUGCCCGAUCAACCAGCCCGCCCCUCUGAGCCCUGGAUUAGCAAGUUGCGUUUCGCUCGCGUUCUUCAGGAUGGCAUGUAUGUCACCGUUGAGCCUGGCUGUUACUUUGUGGACAUUUUGAUGGACAAAGCCUUGGCUGAUCCUAAACUCAAUAAAUUCAUUGUUAAAGAUGUCUUUGAACGUUUCCGUUUGUUUGGCGGUGUACGCAUAGAAGAUGAUGUUCUCAUUACCAAAACUGGCAAUGAGAAUUUCGCCAUUGUGCCACGUACCGUUGAAGAAAUUGAAAAGUGUAUGUCUGAACGUAACUGAGGUGGAGAUCGAAAGUUCUACCUACUUCCAAACAAUUUAUUGUUAGAUUAUGAGAAAGUUAACGAUGUGUGUACGCAAUUGAAACGUGUAUAUAAUCAUUAUAAGUAUAUUAUAUUUUGUUGAUAUUUAUAUAAAAUAUUUUGAAAAAAAAAGAAUUUAUUAUGGCUUACAAUUUUGAUAA